ACACUCAAGCCAUUUAAGGACUAAGAAUUGCUGCAUUGAACUAUGGAAGAAAAUUAACAAAAGUUAUGGAGAACUCAACCCAAGUCAAGUUCUUUUAUCUUUUUGGCUUACAAGAGACAUUUAACAACAAAUCGGUCUAUUUUACCUUGUCUCUUAUCACAUACCUUCUCAUCAUCACUGUGAAUCUGACUCUGAUCAUAACAAUAAUUCAGGAGAAAGGCCUCCAUGAGCCCAUGUAUAUCUUUCUGUGUAGUCUAUGUAUCAAUGGAUUGUAUGGAACUGCUGGUUUCUACCCCAAGUUCUUACUGGACCUUCAGUCAGAUGUUCAGGUGAUAUCUUAUGGUGGAUGUUUCACUCAAACCUAUGUCAUAUACACAUCUGUCAUGUGUGAAAUGUCUACUCUAACGGUGAUGUCUUACGACAGGUAUGUGGCAAUAUGCAGACCACUACUAUAUCACACCAUUGUGACAUCUUUAACUGUUAGAAAGUUACUCUUAUUUUCUUGGUGUUAUCCUUUAUUUAUAGGACUCAUAGCAGUUAGUUUAGCCGUCGGAGUUCCUUUGUGUGGAUCUCGCAUUGACAAGAUCUUCUGUGACAUUCCAUCUAUACUGAAACAUGCAUGUUUACCCAUUACCAUCAAUCAGAUUUGGAGCAAAUGCCUCGUAUUGGUUCAUGUUUUACAGUUACUUUACAUUGUAUUUUCUUACGGUCAGAUUGUAAGGACUUGUGUAAAGUCAGCUAAGGGAAGGAUUAAGUUCACACAGACAUGUGUGCCACAUUUAUUAACAAUUGUUAUUUUCAUCACAGUGACCCUGUUUGACAAUUUGCAAGGGUGGAAUAAUGUAAAUAUUACACUAAAUAUGCGUAAUGCAAUGGCCGUACAAUUCCUUAUUAUACCACCUGUCUUUAACCCUGUCAUAUAUGGACUUAACCUCAAGCAGAUUCGACGGGCAGUUCUUAUAAAGUGUAAUGCACAUAAAAUUAUUGAUAUAAGAUGUUAGUUACAUGAUUUUACACAAC